AUGGUUCUACCAUGGAUUACCAUGCAUAUGUACAUCCUCUCAGUGGUGCAAGAGGAAACAGUCACGUUGGAGAGUCCGACUGGAGUGGACCAAAGCAGAAUAAGCCAGGCUAAGCCCCGCAGCAGCAGCAGCAGGCCCGCCAUGCGGUGUACCAAUUCCCAAAUCGAACUAGUCGCCGGCGACUACGUGUCGCAUCAGUCGUCAGCGGACGCGUGCGACACUAAUGCCCUCGGCACGUGGCGCCGCGUUGCCGCCUUCUGCGCCGCCCCCGUGUCGACCCGCGUCCGGCGUUGGCACGUCGGCGUGCUGACCGGCGCCGCGGGGCUGGCAACUGCGCUCGCCGCCGUGCUCGCGAUGCGGCUCGUCGUCGUCGACACGCAACUCGACGACUACCGACGACUCAUGGCCGUGUCUGGCAAUCGUGCUACUGUCGUUGACGACGGCAGCACCGACGCUGUGACUGGUCAUCAUCAUCAUCAUCACGACAAUGACACCGUGACGUGGAACAACAACCUGCACUUGAAGAAGCAGUUCAAUCCUUACUUGGACGACUACGAUUUGGUGCCUGAAGGCGAGUUAUUCUCUUACAGCAGACUGGAGGAAUACGUAGAAGAAGAAGCUGAGGAUCCCCCGUACUUUCGCCUCCCGUCCCAUUUGGAACCCUACUUUUACAAAAUCGAACUCUUGCCCUGGUUCGAAGGCCCGAGGAAAUUCCAAAUCGACGGACGCGUCGAGAUCGACGUCGUUUGCAUCCACGCAUCCAACAACAUCACUUUGGACCAGUUCGAACUCCUCAUUGACGAAGAAACAGUCGUCAUCACUGACGCUGAAAACGGACGCCAACUCCGAGUCCGGGGUACGAAGUACCAGGCCGUGGCUGAGUUUUACGUCAUCACGAUUGACGAGACGCUCAUUCCUGGCAGACAUUACAGGGUCCAAAUGGAAUUCGAGUCUCAUCUGAAUGAUCUGUUGGUCGGAUUUUACCGAAGCUACUACGACUUCAAGGGAGAGACAAGAGUAAUGGCUGUGAGCCAGUUCGAAGCAACUGAGGCCAGACGAGCAUUUCCAUGCUUUGAUGAACCGCACUUGAAAGCCAACUUCUCCAUCAUCCUGGGUCGAAAGGCCAGCGACAACUGGACCUCCAUCAGCAACAUGCCCUUGCACGAAACUGUCCCCAAUGACGAGCAUGAAGGCUAUGUUUGGGACAAGUUCGAGACAACGCCGAAAAUGUCGACGUACUUGGUGGCUUUGUGCGUGUCGCAACUCGGCUUCCGGGUUCAUCCGGACUCGAAAUUCCGAGUUUGGAGCAGGCCCGAAAUGGUGCACAUGUCAGAUGAUGCUUUGGAAGUGGGAGUAACGGUUCUGAACCACUACGAGCAAUUAUUUGCUGCUCCGUAUCCACUGGAGAAAAUGGACCUCGUCGCAGUUUCCGAUUUUGCACAAGGAGCCAUGGAAAACUGGGGACUCGUCACUUUCAGAGAACAGUAUUUGCUGUUUGACGGGAAAUUGCAUUCAGCGGACGCCAAAUUCGACAUGGUCACGUCCGUGGCGCACGAAAUGGCGCAUCAGUGGUUCGGAGACUUGGUCACUCUCAAAUGGUGGACGGAUUUGUGGCUCAACGAAGGCUUCGCCACUUUCAUGUCCUACGAAGGCAUCAAAAAGUAUGCUCCGAAUUGGCCAAUGGAUGAACUCUUCUUAGUGGACAUGACUCAAAAUGCUCUGGAACUCGACUGUCUCCUCUCAUCGCAUGCUGUCAUGGUUCCAGUGGAACAUCCAGACGAAAUCGCAGAAAUUUUCGACGUCAUUUCGUACGAAAAAGGAGCAGCGCUGUUACGCAUGAUGCAGCAUUCACUCGGACCCAACACGUUCUUUGACGGCGUUCGUCAUUAUAUCGGUAAUUUUUCGUAUCGAAAUGCGGAAUCAGAUGACCUGUGGCUCCACAUUGAGUACCAGGCACGCCAAGACGCCGCCAUUCCGCAUGACAUGAACGUGAAAGGUGUUAUGGACACUUGGACUCUGAAGCAGGGAUAUCCGGUGGUAACACUGGUGCGCAAUUACAGUGAUCCUCGCGGGAUGGCGAUCAUUACACAGGACUUCUUAUAG